AUGGAGGACCGCAUUCCCGACACUCCUAUACGGAAUAUGGCUGCAGCGCGCAGAGCUUUGAAUGUCGAUCCUGAUCCUGUCUCUGAUACCCGUGAGACUUUGGAACACGACACAGUUGCCACAGUUCCUAUCAACGGCGAGCACUCCAUCCUUGCGCCUACGCAACCAACCCAACUAUUGACCCAACCCACCCAAAUAAUUCAGCCUCCAAAUCGUCUUAAAGCUUCCCCUCAACGUGAAUCUGUGGUACAAGUAGCCGGUUCGUCUCCUCUUGGGCCUUCGGUAUCGGGUACAAACAGGAAUUUUUCAGCUUCCAUUGCACCGCCAGGAACCCAUUUUCGUCCUCCCGCCUUUUCAACCGGCCCAGUUAGGCGGACACCAGUCAUAGACCUUAGCGAAGACGAUGGCCCUACCUAUUGCGGGGGAUCUUCAGAUGAUGAUUUCUCUACCCAUCGGGAAACUCUCUGGCCAAAUUUCGUGAAAUUACUGCUGCAGCGUUCUAUAGUUCAGAUGGCAAUAAAGGCCAAAAACGAUCCGCAGAGAAUGCGAAUAUAA